AUGGCUGUUAACGCUGCCCACAAUGAAUCUAAGAAAAAAGUUGUGAUAUACCGUGAUGAAAUGAUCGUGCUAUAUUACAAGGAAGUUAAGCUACAGUUUGACAAGACGAAAAAUGAAUUUUUUAAGAACCCCAAAACUGGAAAACUCUUCCUAACAACUCACAGGCUUAUCUUUCUAAACGAAAGAAAAAGUGAUAAGAUGAUAUCGCUGACCAUGCCCUAUCUGAACUUGAAGCAUCUGGAUAUGAAACAACCAAUUUUCGGCAACAACUACAUCGUCGGAGUCAUCAAACCUGACAACGAAGAUGAGGUAUGGAGCGUGAGUGAAGAGUUUCGCAUAACCAUCAACAAGGGAGGCACUUACGAACUGUUUAGGAUGAUCAUGGAUUUCAAAAGAGACGUUGCCAAACAAGCAAAAAGUGACCCGCAAGAGAACGAUCAACCGCCAUCCCCACCGGCCAACAAAGGACCUACGGAUAUUUUCAUGUUUUAUAACAAGUACACCCUUCCAGAGAAAGAGAGAGGGAAUCUUCUUGAAAUGUCAGACCAGCCAGCGCCGUACCCUAGCGUGCCAAUGGCCGUCCAAGUUUGCGUCGUCAUCCUAUCAGGGCCAGCAGCCGGAGCUCAAAGUAACCAGAAAGUAAAUUCGGCGAAGCCUUUUAUAAUGGAGCAUUGA